AUGGAACAAAAAGCUUCUGAAUCAAAUAAUAAAGAUCUUUUAUCAGGUAGUGGCAUCACAUCCAAUGGAGGCUCUUCAAGUCCAUUUUUUGUGUCAUCUAUUUGUGGUACAAUAACUGAAAACACAUGUACAGCUGGGACUUUCACACAAAUUCCUUUCUUCCCUAAAUAUGAAGUGGAGCUUGAUGCUCAUAGAAAAGUCAUUCCUUGCCCUGGAAAGGAACACAUCGAACGUGUUUUGGAAGAAUAUUCAUAUCAAGUCAAAGAUUUGCAGAGAAGACUAAAUGAAAGCAAUGAAUUGUAUGAGAAACAUAAGUUGUACUUAAGGCAGUCUAUCAUUGAUUUGCAAACAAAACUUCAAGAGAUGCAAAAGGAGAGAGACGCCAUGGCUGACAUCAGACGAAGGGAGAGUCAGUCUCAAGAGGAUUUAAGAAAUCAGCUUCAAAAUACAGUGCAUGAGCUGGAAGCUGCCAAAUGCCUUAAGGAGGAUAUGCUGAAAGAUAGCAGCGCACAGAUAGAGCAGCUAAGAAAGAUGAUGCUUAGUCAUGAGGGAGUGCUUCAAGAAAUCCAAUCAAUCCUAGUUGACUUUGAAGAAGCCUCAGGCAAGAAAAUAUAUGAACAUGACAGCGUGUCUACUAUCCACUUCUGCAACAUGGGCUCAGCUAUUAGUAAAAUCCUGAGAGAAUUAGACACAGAGAUUUCUUAUCUUAAAGGGAGGAUAUAUCCAGUAGAGGAUCAGCUCGAAGCACUGAAAUCUGAAGCACAGAACAAAGUAGAACUACUUCUUCAACAACAUCAAGAUAGGAUUGAGCAGUUAAUAAGUGAACAUGAAAUUGAAAUAACAGGACUUACUGAGAAAGCUAACAGUGCUCGAAGCCAGGCCAGUAGUAUCCAGAGUCAACUGGAAAUCAUUCAAGAACAAGCAAGAAACCAAAAUUCAAUGUAUAUGCGUCAACUCAGUGAUCUGGAAUCUACUGUUUCUCAACUACAUUCUGAAUUAAGAGAAGCCAAAAGGAUGUAUGAGGACAAGAUAGAAGAGCUAGAGAAGCAGUUGGUCCUUGCCACCUCGGAGCUAACUGAAGCACGGACAGAACGUGAUCAGUUCAGUCAGGAAUCUGGAAAUCUGGAUGAUCAGCUUCAAAAGCUGCUGGCUGACCUACGUAAGAGAGAGAAGGAGCUGAGGCUGGAGAAGGAGCAGAACAAGCGCCUGUGGGACCAGGACACUGGGAACAGCAUCACCGUCGACCACCUGCGGCGGGAGCUGGACGACAGGAACAGGGAGGUGCAGCGCCUGGAAGCCCUCCUCAAGGCCGUGAAGAGCGAGUGUCAGGGCCGGAUGGAACGGCAGAUGGCAGCAAUUCAGGGAAAGAACGAAAGUCUAGAAAAAGUGUCCUCCUUGACUGCUCAGCUUGAAUCCACCAAAGAGAUGCUCCGCAAAGUAGUAGAAGAGUUAACAGCCAAGAAGAUGACCCUGGAGAGCUCAGAGAGGACUGUGUCAGACCUGACAGCUUCCCUGCAGGAAAAAGAGAGGGCCAUCGAGGCUACCAAUACAGAGAUCAUGAAUCUCCGCUCCCAGGUAGAAUUGAAACUGCAGGAGCUGCAGCACUUGAGGAAUGAAGGGGAUCAUCUCAGAAACAUGCAGACAGAGCAUGAGGCCCUUAAGCUGAAGAUGGCAGAAAAGGACAAAGUGAUCGAGAUUUUACGACAGCAGAUUGAAAACAUGACGCAGUUGGUUGGCCAGCAUGGACGAACCGCAGGUGCUAUGCAAGUAGAAAAAGCUCAUCUUGAGAAAGAGAUUAAUGACAGGAGGCUAGAACUGCAGGAACUGAAGAUUUUAAAAGAUAAAAAGGAUGCAAAGAUACGGGAGCUUGAGGCCCGAGUGAGUGACCUGGAGCUAGAAAAGGUGAAGCUGGUGAAUGCCGGCUCUGAGCGACUACAGGCAGUGAAGGACAUCAAACAAGAGAGAGAUCAAUUAUUAAAUGAGGUGAAAACUAGUAGGAAUGAUUUAAACAGUCUUACAGAGGACUAUGAAGUCUUAAAAAGGAAUUUUCAAAACAAAAUGGAAGAAAUGGAAACUACUACAAAUAAACUGAAAAUGCAAUUAAAAUCUGCACAGUCUGAACUAGAACAAACAAGAAGUAUGUUAAAGUCAAUGGAAGGAUCUGACGGUCAUGCUAUGAAAGUGGCAAUGGGCAUGCAGAAGCAAAUCACAGCGAAGAGAGGUCAGAUUGAUGCCCUUUGCAGCAAGAUAGAGUUUUUGGAAGAAGCAAUGACAAACGCAAAUAAGGAAAAGCAUUUUUUAAAGGAAGAGAAGAAUCAGUUAAGCCAGGAAUUGAAUACUGUUUCAACAGAAAAAAACAAGAUGGCUGGAGAACUAGAAGUCCUGAAAUCUCAGGAACGCCGUUUAAAAGAGAAGGUUGCUAAUAUGGAAGCUGCUCUUGAUAAGGCAUCUUUGCAGUUUGCAGAAUGCCAAGAUGUAAUACAACGUCAGAAACAAGAGUCUGUGCGCCUAAAACUUCAACAUACUUUGGAUGUAAAAGAACUGCAGGGUCCUGGAUACACCUCAAAUUCUUCUUUGAAACCACGUGUUCUACAGUCCUUUGCUGCCCAUUCUCAUUCUAAUAUACCAUCUUCGCAGUCUACAGCCAGCUUCCUGUAUCAUCAUUCUAUGAAAUCUAAUACACUGAAGGAAGAUCCAACAAGGGACCUGAAACAGCUUCUCCAAGAGCUGAGAAGUAUGAUCAACAAGGAGCCCCCUGUGCCUCUGGGCAAGACUGAGGAAGAUGGGAGAACACCACCCCUGGGAGUCCCUUAUGUGGCUGUUAAGAGAUGCAUUACUGAAUCAAGCCUGAGAUUAGAGAUAUGCUAUAGAAGCAACAGCUCAUUAAGAGAUUCCACUGACUGCAGCAAAUCUAGUGAAACGCUUAGCAGAGACCCAGUCACAUUAUAUGCUGGAGACCUAGAAGAUCCACCUAGUUGCUUCACAUUCAUAUCUGCAGCAAGUCCAUGUGUGAAAAAUUCAGCUUCUCAUUCAUUCUAUUCUUCUCCUAAGAAAUCUCCACUUCACUCACUCUUAACUAGUUUGGUUGAAGAUUCAAUAGGUUCCACAUCACAGUAUCGAUCCACCAAACCUGUUAAUUCACCUGAUUCUGUUAAAGCUUCACAGUCUCAGCCAAUAGAAACAACAGGAAAAACAUGCAGGAAGAUUCAGAACAGACUGGAAAGCUUGCAAACUCUGGUAGAAGAUUUACAGAUGAAGAACCAAGCAAUGUCUUCAAUGAUCAGAAAUCAAGAAAAGAGGAUACAGAAAGUGAAAGACCAGGAAAAAAUAUUACUAAAGUGAUACAUUGCUUGCCUGUUUUUUACAGACAGAUGAUGCCCAAUUAAGUGUGGGGUUUCUUAUAAUUAGUGCCCUGUGUACUUUUUUCUUUCUAUGUGAAAAUUUAAUAAAAGAUACCCUGUCCUAUA